UGUCUGCUACAGUAUACAGAAUCAGCAUGUCUGGAAAAUCUUUAUCGUUUUCCUUUAAAUUAUAUAAAAGUCUGACUAAAAACAGUAAACCUUUAUUGACAAAACGAUUGUUCCAAACAUGCAACAGACUUUCUUCUGCUAAAAUUAUUAAUGGUGUAGCGCUUGCCAAAGAAAUAAAAGAUGAAGUUAAGAAAGAAAUUGAUGAAGUAGUGGCAGGUGGAAAAAGAAGACCAAAGUUAAUUGUUAUAAGAGUAGGGGAAGAUCCAGCCAGUAAGACUUAUGUGAAAAACAAAAUAAAGGCAUGUGAAUAUACAGGUAUCGAAAGUGAAAGUAUAACCUUACCGACGACAGUAAGUGAAGAUGAACUGUUGAACCUUAUUAAUAAACAAAACAAUGACGAUAGUGUAGAUGGCAUUCUUGUGCAGCUUCCUGUACCAGAACACAUUACAGAGAGAAAAGUAUGUAAUGCUGUCACACCCAGUAAAGAUGUGGAUGGUUUUAAUGUGAUAAAUGUUGGACGAUUAUGUUCGGACCAGAUGACCUUUAUUCCAGCAACACCAGCAGGUGUAAUGGAAGUUAUACGAAGAACAGGUAUAGAAACUUUUGGGAAGAAUGCAGUUGUUUGUGGGAGAUCUAAAAAUGUUGGCAUGCCAUGUGCCAUGUUGUUACAUGCUGAUGGCAAAUAUGAGACACAAGCAGGUGAUGCCACAGUGACUAUGUGCCACAGAUAUACACCUCCAGAACAGUUACCAGUAUUUACCAAGACCGCAGAUAUUUUGGUGGUGGCCUGUGGAAUACCUAAGUUGAUAACUGCAGAUAUGGUGAAAGAAGGUGCAGCUGUGAUAGAUAUUGGUAUAAAUAGAAUUGUGGAUGAAAAAACUGGAAAGACUAGGCUAGUUGGAGAUGUUGAUUUUGAAGAAGUAGCCAAGAAGGCCAGUUACAUCACACCAGUGCCAGGGGGUAUGGGACCAAUGACUGUAGCUAUGUUGAUGAAGAAUACCAUGAUGGCUUACAAAAAAGAGAUUAACUUUGAUUGAUGAUAGCUAGAAUCUAAGUGCUUUCUAUCCAUUAAUGGCAGCUGGAAAGAGAAGAGUCUCGUCUUAUGAAAUUACUGGCCACAUUAUUUACAUGCAUUAUUUACAUAUUUAACAUUGUUAAAGACUUUGAUUUUUAAGUUUUUUGUUAUGACACAUUUUGUUAUCAUUGUAAAAUACCAUUUUCAUGAUUAUAAGCUUUUAUAACUUUGAAGUGCUUGAGAUAUUUCACUUGGUACUUGGUUGCUUUUCUUUUGCUAUAUUGGAAAUUACUGUUAUUUUAUUACAUUUUUUGUUGUUGAAUUUUUUUUUUUUUUUUUUGGGUGCUAGAUUUUGAAUUAAAUGAAGUUAUUAUUUGAUUUCUUAAAACAGUAUACCUGGAUAUAUACAUUUUCUGGAAAGAUUUUAUGAAUCAGGUUGCCAGUUGAACUCUCUUUCUUAUUUUCCUUUAUCAAUUUAAUCCUUAUAACUGUAAAUAGGAAGGUAAAACAACUCACUUUGAAGGCCUAGAUAAUUAAUGUUUAGUAGCAUGAAUCAGAUUUCAAACAAAAAUGUAACUUUUCUACAGGUGAGAUUUCAGUUUUUGUAUGAAAUCUUGUUUUGAAAAACACUUUUUACAUACAGAUUUUUUUUUAUUUCAUGUCUAAAUCCAGAGCUAUGACUUGGUUGUUUUAUUGGUAUAAGACACAAAAUGAUACUGAAUAUAGCAUAAUAAUAUGCCAAGACAAGUGUGUAUAAAGUUUUUGUUAGUGGACAGUUAUUUAAAGAGUCUUUGAUGUAAUAUAUGUUAUAAAUAGUCAAAGAGACAACAUUUUUAAUAACAUAUUUCAAGUUUGUCAGGUGUUAGAUCAUGCGUUGACAAGUGUUUGAUCAUUUAGAUGUUUUUACCAGAGAUUUCAUUGUGGUUUGAAACUAGUUUUUUUUACAGUGGUUUGAAAAUGUGUAAUCAUUUUAUUUCAAGUUUUCAUUCAUCAAAGUAUCAUGAAAAUAUUUGUUUUAAUUUUUGCAUUUCUCAACAUAGAGACCUGUUCAUUUUAAUAGAAAAGAGGCAGAAACUUGAAUUGUAUGCACUGCGGUUUAUUGAAAUUUUUUAGUGCAAAUACACAUGUAUAGAAUUGAAUAUUUUUUUUAUUAAUAAAUUCAUUAUAAGAAUAUGUUUAUUUUACACUGAAAUGAAAAUAUUUAUGUUCUACAUCUGUUUGAAACUAGUGAAAUAAGUAAGAAAAGUCAUACAAUGUUUCCAUAUUCAUCAAAUCCAAUUUUUAAAGUGAUUGCUUAGGGUGUCAACGUAUAUUUGUUCUGCCUAACAGAAGUUCCACUGGAAACUUUGUUAUAUACAAUGUCAUAAUAUCUGUUCCUGUUGGAACAAAUAUUCUAUACCAUUUAUUCCGUUAGGAACAUUUACUGUAAUAUUUAUUCCAGUGGAAAUAAUAUUCCAGAAUAUUGUUUCCAUUUGAACUUCUAUUCCGUGACAAGGGUAUUGAUUUUUUGAAAAUUCAACAAAAAAGGGAGGAGAAAUGUUGUAUUCCAUGUAAAAUGAUGAUAGAAAGGUCCUCAUCAUUUAUAGGUAAUAAGUCAAAUAUUGUCAAUCAUUUUCUUGAAACUGACGAAAUCAUUCAGGAUUUCUCUUUUAUGCAUGCUAUUAAAAUAAGUAGUUUUGAAUACCAAAGACUCAUGUUAUGUCAACCAAUGAAAGUCUUCAGAACAACAAGUACAAGUGGAUUUAUUAAAGAGUAAACAAUGUGCCAUGAAAAGUAUAAUCAGCAGGAAUUAUAGGAGAAAACAUUUGAUAAAUUUACAUUACAAUAGGAAGUGUUUAACGUUGUCCACAGUAACUAACUGCUGUACUGUAAGUCAGAUGAUUUGAAAAAUUUAGUAAUACUCAGGUUUUUAUGAUAGAACAAAUGUAUGCAUAUCUUUAUAGCUCACUGGGGGGCCAUGUGAGCUUAUACCAUCACUUGGCGUCCGUCGUCAUCCGUGGUCUGUCGUCGCCUGUUGUCGUCUGUCAUCGUAAACUAUUUAAAAAAUCUUCUCCUCUGAAACUACUGGGCCAAUUACCUUCAAACUUUAACUAAAUGUUCCUUAGGGUAUCUUGUGUAUAAAUUGUAUCCGAAGUUUGAAUCCAUCGACAAACAUGGCCGCCAUGGCUAAAAAUAAAACAUAAGGGUCAAAUGCAGUUUUUGGCUUAUAUCUCAAAAACUAAAUCUGUUACAGCAAAUGUGACUGGGGUAAAAUUGUUUAAUUGGUCAAGAUCUAUCAGCCCUGAAAUUUUCAGACGAAUCGAACAACCCGUUGUUGGGUUGCUGCCACCGAAUUGGUAGUUUUAACAAAAUUUUGCAGUUUUUUGUUAUUAUUUUGAAUAUUAUUAUAGAUAUAUAUAAACUGUAAGCAGCAAUAAUGUUCAGCAAAGUAAGAUCUACAAAAAAGUUAAUAUGACCAUAAUUGUCAAUUGACCCCUUAAGGAGUUAUUGCCCUUUAAAGACAAUUUUACACAAUUUGUUCAUCAAGUUUGCUAACAUUUAAAAAUCUUCUCCUCUGAAAUACAGGUGAGCGGUUCAGGCUCUUGAGAGCCUCUUGUUUUAAAUUAUUACACAGAUGGUAUUUAAGCAGGAUCUGUAAAUUUUUAUAUGUAUUUAUUUUGAUGCGGAGUUUGUUUUUUUUGUCUUUAGUCAAUAUCCGUCUUUCAUUGUAAGCUAAACUGCUUUACAUAUCAUGAAUAAUGUUAUAGAACACAGAUGAUUUUUAGUAUUGCAAAACUGUUUAGGCAAGAAGCAAAUGAAAUCUGUGUUUCUUAGAUUUCAUUUAUUUGCAUGACUGUGCAGUUGAUUGUCUCUCAUGUUCACAAAAAAUUAUAAGUCUGGUGUCUUUGAUUAGUUUUCACUAAUGUUCUUUUAGUUUCUGGUAGUUACUGUGAAUUCAUUAUUAUUUGUGGAACACAGAUUUUUGGGGGAUUUCAUUGGUAUAUUUAAACCACAGAUUUACAUGUUCAACACAGUACAAACUUUCUAUAUGCUUGUAUGCAGACUUUGGUAAAUCAAUGAAAUAUGUAUCCUUAAAAUACAAGCUUUUGAAAGUCUGACAAGAAAAUUGGUAUCCACGAAAAUAAAUGAAUCCACAGUAUUUUAAUGUGUAAAUAUUAUUAGGUAUGAUUUAAGUAAAGUUCAAAAUUUUCAAAAUUUAAUCAUUUUGAUUGUAAAAUAGAUGAUUCUUCUCCCCUCCCCAAAUUACCUUAUUGUCAAAAUUACAUAAGCUUUACAUAUGAUGGGUUAUAUUAACUAAAGAAAAGAGGCCAGUUAAGAUGUAGAUAAAACGUCUGUAGGGUUAUUAGACCUGGUGCUGAAUAUUUAUUGCCUUGUUCCUGCCUUGUAAUUUUGAUAUCAUCUGUCAAUGUAAACAUUUCUUUCCACAGUGUUGGUAUUCCCUGAAUGACAUAUUGAUUGAUGUACAACAUGUCCAGGUAUGAUAAGGUUGUUGUGUUUAAGACUUAAUCUGGUGAUUUUUUUUAUUUCAAUAGAUGAUAGUUGCACGGAAGUUUUGUUUCAUAGUAUAAUGUUGAUUCAUUAUUAUUAGUUGGGUACCAAUUUUCAUGGUUUUCGUGGGUAUAGGUGAAUUACAAUUUUAAGUGUUCAACAAAGUGGAAAUUUCUGAUAGCCUCGUAUGCAAACUGCGACAAAACCAGUAAAUCAAGUAUCCAGGAAAUACAAUAUUUCUUCAAUCCUGGAAAAUUGGUACCCAUGAACAUAAUUGGAUCCAAAUUACUUAGUAUUUUAUGAAUUUUUACCUGUUUUAACCUAAUAUUUUACUUUCUUGUGUUGUACUCAGCAGAGAAUCUCAUUAACAAGUUGAAAUUUACCAUUACUGAGAUACUGUCAUUUGUAUUGUAUUUAUGAAUGAGCCACUUUGUUUAUGACACAGUGCCAGACUGUGCCUUAUAUAUUGUAUUUUGAUAUAACUCUCUUGAUUGUUAAAUGCUUAUUGGGAAGGGGUUGCUAAUUUUAUUUUAAAAAAUUGAGUAAUUUUUGUUCCGCAGUAGGUAAUGGUAAUUUUGAACUUAGUAUAUUGAUACCAGUGAUUUAACUAUAGUAUAUACAAUUAUUUUGUUGUUAGAAAUAUUCAUUUUUAUAUCAUUCCAAAUUGGCAGACACAGAUCCAGCCAUUUUGAAAAGGGGGGUUCCAACCCCCGGAACACCAUGAAAUGUUCACAUGAUUAAAAAAAAAAUAAAAAAAGGGGGAGGGUCCAACUCUGGGACCACCCCUUGAUCCGCCAAUGGUUGCCAUUCAUUUCUGGAAUAUGAAUGAGUUUUUUUCUAUUCAUCAUAUUUAUCUAAUUAUACAAAAUUCCUAAAUAUAUAUGCCAUUGAAAAGCAGAGGUAGAAAAAUGUUGCUGCCAUGGCUUCCUUUGUCAAGAAAUAGUUAAGAAAAAUAAAAUGUCUCUAACUGCUUUACAGGUUAAACUAAAAUGUCUGCCCAAAAGGAAAAUAUCUCUUAAGAGAUUAUAAUGCCCAAAAGGGAAAUAACUCCUAGUGAUUUAAGUUCCUAAAUAUAUCUACAUGAUAUUAUAUAAUUGUAUAAUGCUAUUCAUCAAGGAUUUCAUGGAAGCCUUAGUGACCUUGAAUUGUCAUAAAUUGAAUACACAAUGUAGGCGUACUUUCUGUUACUACCUCUAUUUUAUGGAACACAUUAUGUUUAAUUAUACAUGUAAAUCAGUGACCCUUGAAUUAAGAAUGAUUUGUAAUGAAUAUUGUAACUUACACUUAAAUUCAAGGCGAUUAUGAAAUAAAAUAUUUGUAAAAUGCAGAGAAUCUAGUAAUGCACAAAUUAAUUUUGUAUUUGUUAACAGUGUACUCAAAAUUUAUGUAUAUGAAUUUUUUAUGAACAUUUUUGAAUUAUUGAAUUUUAAUUUACUGUAAUAAAUCUGUAAUAAACCAAUAUGAUAUAUAUAAUUUUAUGGCAGGAAAGAAACAUACAUAUAAGCUAUAAAAAAAAAAAUUUAAUCAAAAUUGUUUUGAUGGUAAUUAUCUUUAUUGUUAAAAUUUGAAUUUAAAAUAAAAAUAACUAUUUAAAUUAUUCCACUUAAUUUUUGUUUUUUUGUGCAAACUUUACAUUCAAGAUUUACUUUCAUUUCAUUUGUUACUCCAAAAAAGUAGAAGAUUUUCAGGUGAAUUAAUCAAAAUAAAAAAAAACAACAGUAUUUUAUUAUAUUAUGAAUGUAUAGAAUUAUGAAUGACUUUAAAUGGCACUGAUUUUUUUCAUUCCUUGAAAGGGUAUAAAUACUUGUUGAAACUAAAGAUAAAAUUGUUAUCUUAAUGGUAGAUUUAGGACUUGAGUGCAUGAACAUUGAUAAACACUCUAAUUAUGACCCCAAUAGGUUCAGUUGUUGUAGCCGUAUGUUGUCUAAAUUUUAAUAAACAAUUGAAAUGAAAUAUCCAGAAACUAAUCUCAAUUCUAGCAUAAAAACUGCUAAAAUGCAAAAUUUUAAACAAACAGUGAAUUUUACAUCCAUAUAUUUUAACUGUUUUAUUUUAAACAAUUUAUUCAUGAAUAAAAAAGGAUAACUAAAAAGCUUAACUUAGACUGCAACAUAAAUACACAAAUUUGCCAAAAAAGGUUAUCUAGAGGUCAAUAGAAAGUUAUCUUACACUUUAUGCUAUGAAAAAUAUAAUGUAUAUAUGUUUCAUCCACAUAUCAGCAUUAGUACAUAAAUUUACUGAAUGAGUUUGUUUUAUCUUGUAUUUGCUAUAUUUCACACAGAAAAUGCUGUAGAUAUUUUUAGAAUAAAAAAUUUUGAAAACUUAUUUGGAACAUGGGAAAGGAGUAUUUGAUCUGUUCUGAUUUAUAGAGUCCACAACAAUGUCACAGUAAAUAAAGAAACUGAUAAUGGUUUGUCAUAGAAUUAUUGUUAAGUAUUAGAUUUGUUUUGUUUUGUAGCAAAUUUAUUAAAUAUCUAGUCUCAUUUAAAAUUGUGUGCAUGUUUUGUACUAUGUUAUGUCUGUUAUUGUAAAAUUUAAAACAUAAACAGGCUAAUAUAAAACAAUUGUUAUGAACAUGUUAAGAAUAAUGCAGGGGUAUUAGAAUUGGAUAAUUUGAAGAAGAAAACAGUGUACAAAUGUAGGUUCAGUGUCAUACUUAGCCACAUUUAAUAUGAAAAAGUGACAACUAUUUCAUUGCCCAAAAUUCUUUAAGGUUUCAAUCUAUAAAAUAUUGAUAAAAAAACUGUGUCAUUCUUUCUUUCUAUGAGUUUGACUGUCCCUCUGGUAUCUUUCGUCCCUCAUUUUUCCUAUCUAGUCAGUUAUUAAAGUAGCUCUUAGUCUUUCUAAAAUUAGAUUAUCUCUAGAAAAUGAGGAGAGAAUCAAUGAAAGUAAGCAUAUUGAUAGGCUAGCUUAAAAUUCUUAAUUUAACCAUUGGCAAGUAUGAAACCUACCAACUUCUCAUCCAUAUAUAAUUUUUAAUAAUCUACCUGUAAUUAAAAAUUUAUAAAAUAAAAAUGUCGAGCAUAAUGUGAAAUUUCUAGAUAGUUAUAACAGGUAUUUGACAUAAGAAUUAUAAUUUUCGUGUACUUUUAAAUAAAUGUUUUCAGAUAGUUUGUUUGGUCAAAUAUUAUAGAUUUACGAAAAGAAUUUCUAGUUAAUUAUUAUUCAAUUGAAUUGUAAUAUACUUCACCAAAAUCAUUGAGAGUGUUUUUAAACAUGUUUUAUAAAAUGUUUUAUUUUGGAAUGCUUUAUUGAGUAAUAAAUAUAUUUUAAUCAUG